CCAUAAGAAAAGGCUGCUGCAGAGUGCGAAGGCUGUGGAAGUGUGCAGACUAACAAGUGGUUUAUUUUCUAUCUAAUAAGUGCUUUAUAUUAAAAGUCACCAUGUCCUUUGUAACUCUCAAUAAUGGAGCUAAAAUGCAAAUUGUAGGACUGGGAACAUGGAGGUCUGCUCCAGGUGAGGUUACAGAGGCCGUGAAGGCAGCCAUUCUGGCUGGCUACCGCCACAUCGACGGAGCCCAUGUCUAUGAAAAUGAGAAUGAAGUUGGGGAUGGAGUCGAUGCCAUGAUUAACCAAGGAGUGGUGAAGAGAGAGGACCUAUUCAUAGUCAGCAAGCUGUGGUGCACUUACCAUGAGAAACACUUGGUAAGAGGAGCCUGUGAAAAGACCCUAAGUGACCUAAAACUGGACUACGUUGAUCUCUACCUAAUGCACUUUCCCAUGGGAACUAAGCCUGGAAAGGAGUUUUUCCCAUUUGAUAAAGAUGGCCAAGUGAUUCCAGACAACAGCAACUUUCUAGAAACAUGGGAGGCAAUGGAAGAGUUAGUGGAUGCUGGGUUGGUCAAGGCCAUCGGUGUGUCCAACUUCAACCGGGAUCAGAUUGAGAGAAUCCUGAAUAAACCAGGACUCAAGUACAAACCUGCCAAUAAUCAGAUUGAGUGCCAUCCAUAUCUGACUCAGGAGAAGCUGAUUAGCUAUUGUCAGUCCAAUGGCAUUACAGUCACUGCAUACAGUCCUCUGGGUUCUCCUGACAGACCAUGGGCACAGGCAGGUGAGCCAUCACUGCUGGAGGACCCAAAGAUCAAAGCCAUCGCAGAUAAGCAUGGUAAAACCACAGCACAGGUUCUUAUCCGCUUCCACAUGCAGAGGAAUGUUGUGGUCAUUCCCAAAUCUGUAAACCCUAAGAGAAUCAAGGAGAAUUUUGAGGUCUUUGAUUUUGAGCUGAGUAAAGAAGAGAUGAACACCAUACUGAGUUUUAACAGAAACUGGAGAGCUUUUAUGCUGGAAUGGGCCUCCAAUCAUAAGGAUUAUCCAUUAAAUGCAGAAUACUAAAGCUUUAAUAAGUCCAGUUUCUAACUGCAGUGUGAAGUAAAUAUGACUUUCAUUCAAGAAUUUAUUCAAGUGUAAUAUAGCCAUUUUAGGGACUGAAUGUGGUUAAAUGUUUAAGUAAAGGUUAGGUGAGUUGUUAAAGACAUGAGAAAGACUUUCCACACAUUCAAAAACCUAAGCCAGAGAGCUGUUUGACAGAGCUUUAUUUGGAUUUUUAAAGCAUACAUCAAUACAAUAAACAUGAGCUGCUCUUGCGAACUGGAA